AACCAUAAACCCACUCAAAAGAUUUAUUCAUCUGCAGUUUACAUAGACUUUCUCGUUGUGCAUACAUUAGCGUUUUCUGAUUUGAUGUUGUAGCCUCCGACUCGGCAGCUCGCUUGCUAAUAUUCCCUGUUCUUCUUCUUGUUGUUUUUUUUUUUUUUUUUUUUUUUUUUUUCAUGUGUGCUUGUUAAAGACAGACUACAAAGGAAAAACUAGACUUGCUGUGUGCUUAUCCAGUCUGGACACAGCCCCACUCCCCUUCCCCCCUGGACUCGAUAUCUGCAAUUCCCAAGCUUCCAAGAACAGUAACGGGCAACCAUCCACUCGCUUAGAAGCCAGAUAACCAUUCAUCUAAAAACAAACACAUUCCAGUUCAAAUCAACCCCAGUCAAUAUGCCGACUCGUCUGAUUUCAGCCGGAGGAUUCGUGUUAGCCGCUCUGGCCGGUCUGGCGGGGGCACGGGUGGACCUAGGCGGCGGCCACAUGGGCCUGGCGAUGGCCCGGACGAGCUGCAGUGGGGCACACCGGGUGGCCUGUACGGAGCUCGACGACGACUGGCCCGAUAUGGGGCUCGCUUGUCCCCUCGCCCACCAUGACAUCCCCCGCCACACGCUUGCAAUGAUGUCGGCAACGAUCAUCCAGCUCGGCCACUACAAACCCGUCCCCGUCGAUCAGUUCCCCAGAGAUCAGUGCUACACCACCCCGCCCAACGCAACCGUCUCGAGCUAUGGGUUCAUCAGUCAGGGCUCCUUUGACAUGUGGUUCUUCGCUCAUGAUAAGUGCGAUUGCGAAGAAGAACAGAUGCCCAAAUGUGGGAUCAGCGCAACUGAAAAAGAGAAGUGUAACCUCCGAACGUUUACGCUUUGUCAAGUGACCAAAAAGACUGAGAUUUGUAAACCAAAACAUCACCCAGGAUGGAAGCCGAUUAACGACUCUUCGGGAGUUCGAAAGGCUACAGAUCAAGGAGAACAAGAGGAGAAGGCGGAGGAGGGUAGCACUAGCAGCCCGAAUGGGACGGUGGCCGAGGCGGAGAAGACAAUCAGGUUCGGGCCCGCCCAUCGACAACAGCCCUUGUUGAUGUUCGCCGACCUCUCCUCAUUCUGGUGGAGGAUCAUGGAGCUCUUGGGCUUCUGGGGCUUCAUCUGAGUACUUCGACCCAAAAAAAAAAUCCACAGAAAAAAAUCAUACUUUCUUCGGCCAUGCAAAGCUUCGAUCCGUCUUUUUCUUUCUCUUUUUUUUUCCGAUAAGCUAAUUUGAUCUCGGAAUCAGGCCUCAAGAAAAAAAACCGAUUCGCGCGAGCUUUAGCUAUAUAUGCAUGUAUCUCUACUUCUCUUUCUCUUUCUCUUCAUUUCAAUCAAGUACACUUGUCUGUUGGGCCUCCCAAGAAAAAGAAGAAGAAUCAACCAGCAUUUACUCAAGUCUCAGAGGCCGAGAAGA